AUGAUGGACACCACUUCAGUCCCCAUCGGCAGCGUCAUACCGUUUGCCAUCAACCUAACAAAGGCGCAAGCCGUUCGGACAAAAGUCGCCGGCGAUGCGGGCGCAAACGUUAUCCUAUUAGAAGGACGUCGCGCAACAAAUCACCCCUAUUGUCCAUUGAUCCCGCAGCAGUGGGGAGGGGGGCGGGCUGUUGACAGCGGGUGGUUGAUCCCGCCCGCGGAU